GGAGCUGGCGUUAAGACCACUCCUCCGUAGGUGAAGCAGCUCUGAUGAUGGAUGGAUGUUCAGAUAAAGGUGCAGCAGAAGCUGCAGAGGAGCUCACAGUGACCCGCUGCGGUCGUUAGCAUGUCCUUCCUCACAGAUUUCCAAACAUUCCCGUUCCUCACAGCCUCCGUCCACGAUUAGAAAUGCUGAAAAUGAUCGACAGAAGUGUUUCCUCUGUCAGGAAUUUCCUGGCGGAUGAGCAAUAAAAUGCCAUCUGUGGAGAGAGUCAGCGGUCGGUAAUUGGGUGUGGGAGUACAGAAGUGGAAAGAAAAUAUCUGCAGGACAUUAAAUGUUACACAUGUAGUCUGAACUGUAUGUCUGCAUCCAUGUAGAUAUUAGAGUCUGGCUGCAGUGAUAUGUUUGCACGUCUACAUGUAGUAAUGUAGAGUGGGAUAAUGUUACUGUUCAAAAUAAAGCAGCCCAGUUGUUUAAAAAUCACCAGAGGCAAAAAUGAGUUAGCAUUAGCCCGGCUCUGAAAUAUCUGAUGUAUUUUUUUUCUUUUCUUUUUUUGUAUGUUUCUGGAAUUUUUAAAAAUGAUUUCAUGAUACAAGUUCUCGAUUUUAUGCAGGAAAAUACGCAGAUGCUGAAUGUCACCUGUUCUCUAAGAGCCAUUAAGCUCACAGUAUUAUUUAGAACAAAUUUAUGCAACUCGUCAACACAAAAGUAAUAUGUGAUUUUGGAGCUGAAGGAAAACGAAACAUCGUUCUCAGAACGCCUGAUGAAAAACUAAAAUCUAGACAGUGUGGCAUGCAUGUGUACUCAGAUCAAUAAAGCAAUUACAUAAAACCUCUUGGAGUGCGUGUUCCCACCUGAUUAGGUUUUUCUCCAUGUUACACAUUUCAGUUUCAUAAACACGUCUGUGUGGAAAAUUAUUAUUUUUUAUCUCGCUUAUUUUUCCAAUUAAUAAAGUUAUUGAAAUAAUUUUUGAUCCAUUCCAAUCGGCUUUUUUAAAUUUCACAUGCUCAACAAAACUGGCGUGACGCGUAUCUAAGCUGUUCACUCAUGUAAGAGCAGGUUUGUGAUUAAAGCACAAACGUCCAUCUGUUCCAACAAAGCGGCGCGUCAGCCGUUCCCCUGACAACCACGGCUAAGCUGCUGGCAACAACCGUCACACGGUGAAGAGGCUGCGACAACGGGCAAAAUGCUUCCUCCUUCCAAACGUGCAGGAAAUGAACGCCAUUCCGUGUGAGUCCGCAGUGACCAUGCGUGACCCGGUGGUGGACCCCCACGUCAACGUCACCUCCAACUGCUCUUUGGACGCGGAGGACGUCCCGCAGCUCCCCACCUUCACCACAGCGGCCAAAGUAAGAGUCAUCAUCACGUUCGUCCUGUGCGGCGCGUCGGCCUUCUGCAACCUGGCCGUGCUGUGGGCGGCGCACAGGGACGGGAAGCGGAAAUCCCACGUCAGGGUGCUGAUCGUCAACCUGACCGUGGCCGAUCUGCUGGUGACCUUCGUGGUGAUGCCCGUGGACGCGGCGUGGAACAUCACCGUCCAGUGGCUCGCGGGGGACUUUGCGUGCAGGCUGCUGAUGUUUCUGAAGCUGCUGGCCAUGUACUCCUGCGCUUUCGUCACCGUGGUGAUCAGCCUGGACAGGCAGGCCGCCAUCCUCAACCCUCUGGCGAUCAACAAGGCCCGGAUGAGGAACAGGAUCAUGCUGGCGGUGGCGUGGGGUGUGAGUGUGGCGCUUUCGAUCCCUCAGAUCUUCCUGUUUCACAACGUGACCAUCGUCCAUCCUGAGAAGUUCACCCAGUGCACCACGCGGGGAAGCUUCGCCACGCGUUGGCACGAGACGGCCUACAACAUGUUCACCUUUUCCUGCCUGUUCCUGCUGCCGCUGGUCAUCAUGAUCACCUGCUACGCCAGGAUCUUCCAUGAGAUCUCCAAACGACUGGAAAAGGACAACCUGCCCACCAGCGGAGUACGUCUGAGGUGCUCCAAAAACAACAUCCCUAAGGCCCGGAUGAGAACGUUAAAAAUGAGCGUCGUGAUCGUCUCGUCUUUCAUCGUCUGCUGGACUCCGUACUACCUGCUGGGCCUCUGGUACUGGUUCUUUCCCGACCACCUGGAGGACAAGGUGUCCCACUCGCUGACCCACAUCCUGUUCAUCUUCGGGCUGGUAAACGCCUGCCUGGACCCGCUAAUCUACGGCCUGUUCACCAUCCACUUCAGGAAGGGGCUCCGGAGGUACUACCCCAACGCCGCCUCCGCCGGCGACGCGGAAAACACCACCGUCUUAACGGGAUCGUUCACGUCUCCGGCCCUCUCGCUGUCCCUGAGGAGAGAGUUGAGGCGCCUCAGUCAGGAAAAGCUGGUGCUUUGCGGCGACGGCCACAGGAAAGCAGGGCCUCCCUCGCUAAGCAGCAGCUUUCUGGCAGAGGACAGAGAUGUUCAGCAGUCCAGUCCCGAGAGCAUCUUGUGAGAAACAUGAUGAAAAGCUGGGCGAUAAAUCGAUUUGAUCAAUUAAAUCACAUUUUUGCUUUUUGAA